AUGGCGUCAGCCGAGACCGGUCUUCUCACUCGGGUCAAUUUCCCCCUUUAUUGCGUGAAACUUCUCAAAAACAACCUGCUUUUAGUGGGUGGAGGAGGAGGCUCCUCCAACACGGGCAUCACGAAUGGCAUGGAAGUCUUCACUAUCGUGUGCAAUGGGGAGAGAUACAUGGCUAAACCCCUCACCAAAUUCGAAACGGGGAGAGUGGCGAUCAUGAACUGUGAAAUCUUCGAGCAGGGCCGGUUUAUCUUCUUGGCCGUUGGAGCGGAAGCCGAUCUUCAUUUGUACAAGGUGACGCUGAAGCUGAAACGUCCCGAAGAUGAGGGGUUGGUCAUUGACAGUCCUACGAGGGAAGCCGCUUCGUCUUUCGUUCAAGUUCGUCAUCGAAGAAGAAGUUCAUUGGAAGUGAGCGAAGAUUCUCCCAACGAGAUGAAGGAGCUUUUGCAAGAGGUGGAGGAGAAAAAGACUAAAACGAAGAAGCCAGCGAAACGGGAUCUUGGGGAGUCAAUGUAUGCCGAGUUCAAUCUUGUGAAGCAGGUGCAAUCAGAAUGCAUUGCAAAUGAUGCCUAUUUAAAAGUGGUGAGGGUGAAUCCCACAAACGACUGGCUGGUAACCGGUGGGUCUGAUGGGUAUUUACGGUUCUGGAAGUCCGAUGAUCUGGAGAAGAUCAAAGAGAUACAAGCCCACUCGAAGGAGAUAGAUGAUAUCGAUGUGAGUCCCUGUGGCACCAAGAUCAUCAGCAUCUGCAAGGACCAGACAGCAUCCGUGUGGAAAUUCGAAGAUGGUAGCAAGGUGUGCGACCUCUUGUGGGAAACCAAGCACAAUGCAUGCAAGUAUCACUUCAAGCGCGGGCGCUUUGCCGUGAUUGAAGGCCACAAGAACAAAUCAUUUCUCAUUACCAUCCACAAUCCAUUGGGGAAACCAAAAGAACCAGCUUAUGUGGUGCAAUGGGACCAUGAAGACUUGAAAAGGAAGAGGGCCAAGGCUUUACCAGAGGUUCUCUCUGCAUUGGCAGUGAGUAGCGAUGGGAGGUUCUUUGCCGUUGGAUGCAUGUUCUCUGGCAGUGUGGAGAUCUUCACCACUUUUAACCUCCAGUCAGUCAAGAAGAUUGAAAAUGCACACAAGUCCUUCAUCACGGGCUUGGAAUUUGCACCGUCCAAAAAUGAUGCCUGUUCCCUGACAGUACUUCAUGAUGCCUCUCUCAUCAGCAUCUCAGUUGACAACCAGGUCAAGGUUCAUCACAUUCCAAAGCUCCCUGGUGUUACUCUGUGGUGGGCUCUGUCUGUAUCCACAGUGGUGCUUUUUGUCACUUUCUCAGCACUCAGCUAUUUUGGUGUUUGA